AUGACAAGAGAAAAUUGGGCCCACAAUGCUUUGAGACAAGAGGGCCUUGUGAAGGGGAAGGAUGAUACUUGGAAAUGGGGAACCAGCUUCCAAGGAAGCAGCUCCUCUGUUUGGGAGACCUCCCACCUGCACUUUAGACAAUUACGUUACCAUGAGACAUCUGGACCCCAGGAGGCUCUGAGCCGGCUCAGAGAACUCUGUCGCCGGUGGCUGAGACCAGAAGCACGUACCAAGGCACAGAUCCUGGAGCUGCUGGUGCUGGAGCAGUUUCUGAGCAUCCUGCCUGGGGAGAUUCGGACCUGGGUGCAGCUCCAUCGCCCUGGGAGUGGCGAGGAGGCUGUGGCCCUGGUAGAGGAGCUACAGAAAGACCUUGAUGGACCAACAAUAAAAGUUCCAGUCCUUGCCCAGGAUCAGAGCCCUCUCCAAAAGGCGGUGAGCACUCCAGGAACACUCCCUCCUGUACUUCCUGGCAGCCACAUAGCAGCUGAAAUUUGCCUGCAUCCUACUGAUCCAGUGGCAUUCAACUUCCAGGAUCCUCAAAAUGAUAGUCCUGCCCCUGAAGCUUCUGCCCUUUCUCAGGAAGAGAACCCAAGAAAUCAAUUAAUGGCACUUAUGCUCCUAACAGCCCAACCCCAGGAGUUGGUGAUGUUUGAGGAGGUGUCAGUAUGCUUCACUUCAGAGGAAUGGGCAUGUCUUGGCCCAAUCCAGAGGGCUUUGUACUGGGAUGUGAUGCUGGAGAAUUAUGGAAAUGUGACCUCCCUAGAAUGGGAGACCAUGACCGAGAACGAGGAGGUGACAUCAAAGCCAAGUAGUUCUCAAAGAGCAGACUCUCAGAAAGGAACAUCAAAAAGACUUCAAGGAAGUGUUCCCCAGGUUCUUCAUUUUGAAGAAGAGUGUGAAUGGCAAGUUUUGGCAAGUCAGUGGGAAAAUGAAACAGAGGAAAGGGCAGAUACAAUGAAGAAAGGUUCUCUUUGUGAACGAGAGAAGAAGAAAAGGACUCCACCAGAGAAGCAAGGCCGAAAGUGGAAGGAAUUUGGAGAAAGCUUGACUUUUGGUUCACCUGUUUCUGAAAGUUUAAUAGGUACUGAAGGAAAGAAGUUUUAUAAAUGUGAUAUAUGUUGUAAACAUUUUAAUAAAAUCUCCCAUCUUAUAAACCAUAGGAGAAUCCACACUGGUGAGAAACCUCAUAAAUGUAAGGAAUGUGGAAAAGGCUUUAUUCAGCGUUCGAGCCUUCUAAUGCAUUUACGGAACCAUUCAGGGGAGAAACCUUAUAAAUGUAAUGAAUGUGGGAAAGCAUUUUCUCAAAGUGCUUACCUUCUAAACCAUCAGAGGAUCCACACUGGAGAGAAACCUUAUAAGUGUAAGGAGUGUGGAAAGGGUUUCUAUAGGCACUCAGGCCUAAUUAUACAUCUAAGGCGCCAUUCAGGGGAGAGACCCUAUAAGUGUAAUGACUGUGGGAAAGUUUUCUCUCAGAAUGCUUACCUCAUUGACCAUCAGAGGCUCCACAAAGGGGAAGAACCUUAUAAGUGUAAUAAGUGUCAGAAAGCUUUCAUUCUGAAGAAGAGCCUCAUUCUGCACCAGAGAAUCCAUUCUGGGGAAAAACCCUAUAAAUGUGAUGAAUGUGGAAAGACGUUUGCUCAGACCACUUACCUUAUUGACCAUCAGCGACUCCACAGUGCAGAGAACCCUUACAAGUGUAAAGAAUGUGGAAAAGUUUUCAUUCGAAGUAAAAGCCUCCUAUUACAUCAGAGAGUCCACACAGAAAAGAAAACCUUUGGUUGUAAAAAGUGUGGGAAGAUUUUCAGUUCUAAGUCAAACUUCAUUGACCAUAAGAGGAUGCAUAGCAGAGAGAAACCUUAUAAAUGCACUGAAUGUGGGAAAGCCUUCACUCAGAGCACUUACCUUUUUGACCACCAGAGACUCCACAAUGGGGAGAAGCCCUAUGAAUGUAAUGAAUGUGGGAAAGUUUUUAUUCUGAAGAAGAGCCUCAUUUUACAUCAAAGGUUCCACACUGGAGAGAAUCUCUAUGAAUGUAAAGAUUGUGGCAAGGUCUUUGGUUCGAACAGAAACCUCAUUGACCAUGAGAGACUCCACAAUGGGGAGAAGCCAUAUGAAUGUAGAGAGUGUGGGAAAACCUUUAUUAUGAGCAAAAGUUUUAUGGUCCAUCAGAAACUCCAUACACAAGAGAAAGCCUACAAAUGUGAGGAUUGUGGGAAGGCUUUCAGUUACAAUUCAAGCCUGCUUGUACAUCGGAGAAUCCACACCGGAGAAAAACCCUUUGAAUGUAGUGACUGUGGAAGAGCUUUCAGUUCAAACAGAAACCUCAUUGAACACAAGAGAAUCCACAGUGGUGAGAAACCCUAUGAGUGUGAUGAGUGUGGCAAAUGCUUCAUUCUGAAGAAAAGCCUCAUUGGACAUCAGAGAAUUCACACAAGGGAAAAGUCUUAUAAAUGCAAUGACUGUGGGAAAGUCUUCAGUUACCGCUCAAACCUUAUAGCCCAUCAGAGGAUCCACACUGGCGAAAAGCCCUAUGCAUGUAAUGAAUGUGGAAAAGGUUUUACCUACAACAGAAACCUGAUUGAACAUCAAAGAAUUCACAGUGGAGAAAAAACCUACGAAUGUCAUAUAUGUAGGAAAGUCCUUACCUCUAGUAGAAAUCUUAUGGUACAUCAAAGAAUCCACACUGGAGAGAAACCUUAUAAAUGUAAUGAAUGUGGAAAAGACUUUAGUCAGAAUAAAAACCUUGUUGUACAUCAGAGAAUGCACACUGGGGAAAAACCUUAUGAGUGUGAGAAAUGUAGGAAAUCCUUUACUUCUAAGAGGAAUUUAGUUGGCCACCAGAGAAUUCACACAGGGGAGAAACCCUAUGGGUGUAAUGAUUGUCAUAAAGUUUUUAGGCAAAGAAAAAACCUUACUGUACAUCAGAAAAUCCAUACAGAUGAAAAACCUUGUGAAUGCGAUGCAUCUGAAAAAGAAUUCUCUCAGACUUCCAACUUUCAUCUUCACCAGAAAAUCCAUACCAUUGAGGAAUUCUCUUGGCUACAAAGCACCAAUGAGUCCAAGAUUAAGAUUCAGAAAAUCUAGUGUCGUAUAUAAAGUGGAAUAGAAUCCCUGCCUACUUAAGUAACUGUUAGACAAAAGAUAAUAUAGUUCUUCCAAGGAAAAAGUUUAUGACUUGCUGUUUAAUAGGCAAAUGAGUUGCAUAUAGAAGAAAGUUAGUAAUCCCAGCACUUUGGGAAGCUGAAGCAGGUAGAUCACCUGAGGUCAGAAUUUCAAGACCAGCCUGACCAACAUGGUGAAACUUCAUCUCUACUAAAAAUACAAAAAUUAGCUGAGCAUGGUGGCAUGCUGUAAUCCAAGCUACUCAGGAGGCUGAGACAGGAGAAUUGCUGGAACCCAGGAGGUGGAGGUUGUGGUGAGCUGAGAUCGCGCCAUUGCACUCCAGCUUGGGCAACAUGAGCGAAACUCCAUCUGAAUAAAAAAAAUCCGAACUUUAAAGUCUACAAAAGCAUAAUCCAAAUCUAAUAACGUAGUUGUAAAUGACAGCAACAAUAUCUUUGUAUUAAAAAGUAGACAUGGGUUGGGUGCAGUGGCUCAUGCCUAUAGUCCCAGUGCUUUGGGAGGCCAAGGUGGGAGGAUCACUUGAGCCCAGGAGUUCAAGACAAGUCUGGGCAACAUAGGGAGACCCCAUCUCUAUUAAAAUAAAACAAAUUUAUUAAUAUAAUAAUAAGCAGACAUUGUUUUUGAAAAUAUGUACAGUAUGCAUUUUAAAGAUAGCACCGGCUGGGCGCAGUGGCUCACGCCUAUAAUCCCAGCACUUUGGGAGGCCGAGGUGGGUGGAUCACAAGGUCAAGAGAUCGAGACCAUCCUGGUCAAUGAGGUGAAACCCCGUCUCUACUAAAAAUACAAAAAUUAGCUGGGCAUGGUGGUGCAUGCCUGUAGUCCCAGCUACUCAGGAGGCUGAGGCAGGAGAAUUGCUUGAACCCAGAAGGCGGAGGUUGCAGUGAGCCAAGAUUGUGCCAUUGCACUCCAGUCUGGGUAACAACAGCGAAACUCCGUCUCAAAAAAAAGAAAAAGAUAGCACCACUGCUAUAGAAAACCUGAACAGACAGUAUGAUCCAGGAUGUCAGGUGUGGAGUUGGGUGCACAAGAGUCUGCUGUUGAGGACAACCUAAAAAGAGCACUGGAUUUGGAAUCAGAACUGAGCUUUGAUUCUUGGCUUUCCCAUAAUGGCCAUGUGAUGUUACUAAGUCAGCCUCUAAAGCUCAAUUUCUCUGUCACUCAAAUGUUGACAGGGUACCUACCUCACAGGGUUGUUGUGAGGGUCAAGUGAAAGGAUCUUUGUGAAAGUACUUUUUGAAAUCAUUCAGUUGUCAAUAAAGUCGAAUAAAAGAGGUAUAGUCAAAGCUUAGAACAUGGCAUCAUGUAAGUUUGUAUAUUAAGUCAAUAUUAGAAUGAGGGGGAUUCCAUGAACCUAAAAGAUACUCAUUUUUAUAAGAGGAAGUAUGGUGACUACCUAAUUGGAAUUUAGUGCUGUAAGAAUAAUUUUUCUUAAUUUACCUUUAAAAAUAUCUAAAGGAAUUAAUAGAUUGCAUAUCUAGUUUGUGUGUAUGAAAAAAAUGUUAUGGCCAGCCAUUGACAGUGAUGCCAAGGAAAACAAUUUAUUUUCCAGCUUUUGAACUUGAAACUUAACAGAUGUAGAGUGUCAAAAUGGAAGGACAGUGCUACCCUGCUUUCCCUGGCAUAGGGAAAAAAGUCUUUGACUCAGCAGCUGAGUUGAUGGUCCCUGCAACAGUCAUUGUCAAUUCUAAUCAGCAUUUCAUCAUUGCUGUCAAAUGAUAGCCUGUUAUUGAUGAAACAAGCUUCUGUGCCAGCACUAAAUUUACUGAAACAAACUUUUCACACGGAUCCAAGCUCUUCACUGAUUAAGCCAAUGCAGAAUCCACUUUUGGGCAGUCAGUGCCUGUUACCCCCUGUGAACCAUUCUGUGUCCUUGGGUACAUUUGUAGAUUUAAUUCAGUCUAUAUUCUUGAGUUGGUAUGUUCUAAUUCUCAAAGUUCUGUUUCUACAACUGGACUAUAAAUAAUACCUGAAUACCAAGAUUGUGUUUUUUAAUAAUGUCAAAGUGGUGUUUUUAUUAUAAUAAAUGUUAUUAAUUUAACCCCGAAGUUCCUUGGGGGCUGGUUCCUCAUUAAAAUGAAAGGUAGCGCUGGGUGCGGUGGCUCCCUCUUGUAAUCCCAGUGCUUUGGGAGGCUGAGGUGGGCGGAUUACCUGAGAUCAGGAUGUAUCACCUGAGGUUUGAGGGUUUGAGACUAGCCUGACCAACAUGGAAAAACUCCGUCUCUACCAAAAAUACAAAAUUAGCUGGGUGUGGUGGCGUGUGGCUAUAAUCCCACCUACUUGGGAGGCUGAGGCAGGAGAAUCACUUGAACCCGGGAGGCAGAGGUUGCAGUGAGCAGAGAUGGUGUCAUUCACUCCAACCUGGGCAGCAAGAGUGAAACUCCAUCUCAAAAUAAAUAAAUAAGAAUGAAAGGUAGCCAAGAGUGAAAACUGGAAGAGGCCUAAGACCUGAAUGGGUCAGGUUUCACCACUUGCCUUGGAAAAAAAAAAAAUCUCUUCAGUUCCUGGAGCCUUGAAUUCCUCAUCUGUUAAACAGGAGGAAGAAUAUCUACCUCACAAAGUUUUCAUGAGAUAAUGAAUAUGAAAAUUCUUCAUCCUUGUAUAAUAAUUACAACAAACAUGUACUUUAACAAUGGAGAAAGCUGUCAUCUACCUCUUCACCAAGUAACAAAAUGUAAUGUUGCUUAGAUUGAGGCAGUCCACAUAAUGUGCCACCCCCUGUGAUGUAAUAAGCUGAAAAAUGUUCAACCUGAAUUGAAUUAAGCUUCUUGGACAUCAUUGCCAGGUUACAGGAAAUACGGGAGGCAGAAGAACAAAUAAAAGACACCCUGAGAAACAGACAAAUCCAGAACAUGGGAUAUUAUAUAAGAAAGCUGCCCUGGAUUCUUCGAGAGGGGAGUAAUAAUUGUUCAAGCUGUGUGAGUCUACUGUGAGUUUAUACCAGUCUCUGCUUUUGUGUAUGUAUGAAAAAUUCCAUAUGAAAGGUAUAAAAUGUGGAGGAGGGGGCUUGUUUUUAAAAGAUAAUACUAAGACAUUAGAUACUAAGGGCCAGAAAUAGACUCACACAAAUGCCCAAUUGAUGUUUGACAGGGGCAGAAGCAAUUAAAUGGAGGUAUAGCCUUUUCAGCAAAUGCUGUUGGAGCAAUUGGAUAUCCGUUGGCAAUAAACCUACAACUUCAGAAUCUAGGACUGAGCUAAGAAGGCUCAGAUGACAUCAAAAGCAUGCUCCUUAAAAGGGAAAAAACAAAUAUUAAAUUGGACCUCAUCAAAAUUAAGAUAAUUUGCUUUGUAAAAGACCUUUUUACAGGAAUAAAAGACAUUACAUGUUGGGAGAAAAUACUUGAAAAUCAUAUCCAACAAAGGAGUGGUAUGUAAACUACAUAAAGAACUUUCAAAAUUUAACAGUAAUAAGUAAAUACAAUUAGAAAAUAAGCAAAAGACAUAAACAGUUCACUGAAGUAUAGAUAGCAAAUAAGCAAAUGAAAAGAUGUUCACAUCAUUAGGCAUGAGGGAAAUGCAAAGUAAAAUCAUGUGAUAUCACCACAUUCCUACCAAAAUAGCUAAUUUUUUAAUGGUGAUAACUGUUGGCAAGGAUGCAGAGAAACAGGAUCUCAUACAUCGUUGGGAAUGUAAAGUGGUACAGCCAGUGUGGAAUAUAAUUUGGCAGUUUCUUGUAAAACCAAACAUGUACAUGUCAUAUGCCUCAGUAAUUGCUCUCCUGAGCAUUUAUCCCAGAGAAAUGAAAACUUACGUUCACACAAAAACCUGUAUAUGAAUGUUCAUAGCAGCUUUAUUUGUAAUGGUCAAAACCUGUAGGUAACCCAUAUAUCCUUCCUUAGAUGGUUAAAACAAAUUGUGGUUUAUGUAUCAUUAUGAAAUACUUGUCACUCUACAAUAAAAUUGACUGACUUAUUGAUAUCCAUAACAACACAAAUUUUGAAGGGAAUUAAUGCUGAGUGAAAAUAAUCACAAAAGGCCAUAUUCUAUAUGAAAACAUUCAUAUAACAUUCUCAAAAUGUUAAAACUGUAGAGAUGAAAAAUGGAUUAAUGGUUGCCACACGUUAGGGAUGGUGGGAGGGAAAAUGGGGAGAGGGUUGGAUGUAACUCUAAAGAGGUAGCACCAGAAAGGUCUUUGUGGUGAUGGAACACUUGUGUAUCUUGAUUGUAGUGGUGGUUACACAAAUCUAUAGAUGCUAAAAAUGGCAAAAGUAUACACACACAUUUUACCAAUGUUGAUUUUCUUUUUGGUAUUAUGUAAGAUGUAACCAUGAGGGGAAAGUGGGUGAAGGGUACUAUCUUUGCAACUUCUGUGAAUCUAUCAUUUCAAAAUAAAAAGUAAAAACCAACAAUGACAACAAAAACCCAAAACUAAACAGCCAUAACCAAAUGAAGUGUGUGAAACUGAUUUGAAAAAAAAGUUACAAAAUAUAUGUUUUAGGACAGUUGGGAAAUUUGAAUAUGACUGGCUAUUAGAUGGCAUUAGGGAAUUAUUGUUAAUUUUCUUACCUGUGAUGCUGGUGGUAGUUUGAAGAAUAUUCUUAAUCUUAAGGGAUGCAUGUUGAAGUAUUUGGAAUGAAGUGUUCUGAUGUUUACGACUUUUAAAAAAGUGAUUUUAAGUAUGUAUAGAGAGAUCAGGCAAACAUAGCAAAAUGUUCAUUGUUGAGUCCAGACGGAAAAUACAGGUAUUUAGUGUUUUUCAACUUUUUUGUAUUCUUAGAUAUUUUCAAAAUAAAACAUUUCAGAGGAAUUUA